AUGGGAAGUGUAGAGCGCAGGCACACAGAACAAGGUCUAAGAUUUCGUGAGCUACUAAGCCUGCAGAGGUACAUAAUUCGCAGUGAAAACCAAGAAGAGGUAGUUAUUAACCCAGAGGGCCCUCUGAACCAGCUGCAUGCAUACAUGUACAGAGUCAAUGGGAUUAUGCACAACAAGCGAUUUUUUUCUCCUGAGAUAGACAUGCAUAGAUGUGCUCUAGUACUUUCAGAGGAUGGGGGUGCCAGCCCAGGAUAUGCAUGCACCAAAGAAAACACAGAAGACAGGGUGCAUUCUGAGCUAUAUCAGACGGGCGAAAUGCUUGAGUACACAAGAGAGUACUUUACAACUCUUCUCAGAAUGUUUCCUUCUGUGGACGGACACUUAUCUAUACACACGAGCAGCAAGGACUCUUUUUUUGCAUUUAUCAACAGUAGUAGAGUGAGCGAGCAUAAAUACAGGAUUCUAGCCUCUCUACUUCUUCUAACCGAAGGAAUGCCUGUGCAGAUGUUAAUUGAAAAGAGCGCAGAGAGCACACAUCUCAUUCUAAGAAAGAUGGAGGAGAUCAGCCCGCACUUUUCAAUUAGCAUGGGAAGAGAGUGUGAGAGCGAAAAAGAAAGGGAAGAAGCACAAACCCCCUUAAAAGAGGGCUAUACAAAUGAGGUGGCUGAAGUCAUUAGAUUUUUCAUACAAAAUGGAGAAAACAGAAUUCUAAAGAAAGAGGGGCAUGUGAUUGAGCCAAAGCUGUACAGCGACUUUAAGCUAGGGAUGUUUUUGAACACACCAGGCUUUCUUAUACAGAUGUACAUAUAUGAGUACAUCGACACGGUGUAUGGUAUGCAGUCCUUUUUUGAGUCUGUGCAUGCCAUACUGUGUGAGUACAUGGCGUGCGCGGAUAAGAGACUGUCUUCUAAGGCGGAGCAGCUGUUUCACAAAUACUUUGCGCCCUGCAGCCAUGUCUCUGCUGGUGUGGAGUACAUAGAAAUAGCAGCGCAGAUCCUGUUCUACUUGAACAAGGAGAAGCUACUUCCUUUUUUUCUAAAUGAGCAGAUAAAGCCAAUGCAGGGACAGUCCUGCUACAUUCGAUCUGUAAAAAGCCUGGAGUCUAUCUGCAAAGCGCAGCUUAGUGAGAUCGAAAGAGCAUGUUCUGCCUUUUCCAUGGGAUGCACUGACAACAACUCUGAAAAAAGCUACAUCAACUGUAUGGAGGCUACAGCACUUGCGAUGUUCUGCUGCUUUGCAUAUGACCAGGAGAACCAGAUGUAUGCAACAGACCACCUAGAGGCGCCCUCUGCUGAUCUUGUAAGAUUUUUUCGCGUGCACAGACACAUGUUCAAAGAAGCCGCGCUGGGGACGUAUAAUGCGUGGAAUAGAGUGGUUGCUGACCUGGACAACCCGAGCAUCUGCUACAUCAGCCAAAAUAGAAACCGCCUUGACACAGGCCUUCUGAAUCUUCUCCGCGUGGUUACUGAAGUGGCAGGCAUAUACCACAAAGAAAAGGAAAACAUUGACAAAAUAGAGGCAGCCAUUAAAGACCGCAACUAUUUAGAGGAAAAUAUGCUCGACCCCCAUCUAACCCAAGAGAUACAGACUUACAUAGAAACGCUGUUUAGGUCGCUCUCUGUGCGAGGCCACUCAUUCAAAACUCUGUCAAUCAAGUGUGGAUUUUUCUCUCCUGUAAUUACAGAAAGGGGGCGGGUUGACAUUUUUGGAAUAGUAUGUAUGACGUACAAAAGCGCUGCAGUGGAAGAGUCUAUAUGUUUUGAGAUCUUCCCCCUGUUUACAGGAAUAAAGAUCAUGCUAGCUAGAAAUAUCCUGCCAGACAUGUCCACAAACGAAAGCUUGGCGUCUCUUCAAAAGUUUCCCUGUCUUCAAGGCAACGCUUUUAUACAGUUCAUGCUUCGGCACACCAUAGAGCUGUCACUGCACACACACGAAGCAAGCCAUACUGUGAUGGAGUACAUUAAGCUCGGCUCGUCUUUUGCAGGGCGGAAAAGAAACUCAAGCAUGAACUGUUUCCUGCUUGCUAUGCAGACAGAGGACGAGUUGUACAUAUUGGACCUGGUCAGAUGCCUUCUAGUACUUGCGUUCGAUCUAAAUCUUCGCAGCCCGCACUAUAUAAUUCGCUUCCUUUCAAACAUGAUAGCGCCUCGGGUGGUCGACAUAGAUCUCAUGCACAGCGGCCUUGCUACGCUUAUUCUGCUUGCAAAAGCGUAUAAAUACUUCCCGCACAUAAAGAUUGACCCAGCCAUCUACUCGAAGAUGGACUGUGUUGAGGUUUCCCGAGUUCUUGCAUACAUUACCGAGAUAGAUUCGCCAGAGACUAUGAAUCGCAUACUACUGCUGCUCAUAUCAGCCAACGAGGCGGGUAUUUCAGGAUACAUAGAACGCAUUCUAAUAUGUCUCCCCAGUGUGUGGCGCAUGAAGAUACUUAUCUGCUUAACCCGCUCUGGCAGAUCCGCAAAGUAUAUUUAUUCCAUUUUGGAGGCUAUGGCAAAAAUAAAAAGGGGAAGCGGUGCACACAACAUAAUUCGGCGCAGUAAUAACCUUCUAAUAACAAUAAUCAGCACACUCAGCGAGAAAAAGGAAGAAAGCUACACAAACAUUCUAACUGAGUGCUUCGGGAUAAUAGUCGUACCGGAAGUAGGUGUGCUGUGCAACGUGCCAACAGUGUCUCUUAUGCUGCUAAACGAAAGAGUUGCAUGCUUUCUUUCUCUAAAACAAAGACUAAGGUUCCUGCACCUGCCAGAAAACUUUGCUAAGUUCAAUAUAAUACUUAGUCUGUACACGCAAAAAAUUGAAAGCAUUCAUAAGGCAACUGCACACACAAAUAACCAUGUUCAGGUGCACGACUGGUAG